AUGUCACGAUCUGUUAAUGAGAUUAUAACAGAUUUAACAAAAUUUAAUCCUCGAACAGCAACAGCACAACAUCGUUUAUCUCAUGAUUGUUAUAUGAUAUUAGUUGGAUAUGUUGAAGAUAAAAAACAAUUAACUAAAUUAAGAAGUAUGGUUGAAUCAUUAGGUGAAACAACUGGCGGUGCAUAUGGAGCUGCUGCAAGCAUUGGUGUUAUGGAAUGUGAAGAUGUUGAAUUUAUUCUUGAAUAUAUAAUAUUAAAUCAUAAUUCUGAAGAACUUCUUGAUGCACGAAAUGAACAUUUUGUUUAUGAAGAUAAUUUUAAUAGUGCUCUUUCGAGUUAUAUAGAAGAAACAGCCUCAUUAGAAAAACUUAUUAAAAUAUGUCGUUAUUAUGAAAACAGACGAGGAAUAAAUGUUGAUAAUGUAAUUGCAGAACAUAAUGAUCGUGCUGCUAAAUCGUGUCAAUAUUUUCUUGAUAAAGGUUUAUUAAAAAAUGAUGCAUUAGCAUCAGCUUUUGCAAUAUCAUUUUACACUGGAUCAAAAAGUGAGGCAUGUAGUCGAGGUGCUAGUCUUAUUGCACGACAAAGCAAUGGAGUACCUAUAGAUGAUAAAACAGUUAAAGAAUUAAGUGAAGCAUCAAUUAUUCUUUAUUAUUUAGUUAAAGCUCUUUCGCAUAUACCAUAUUAUUGGGGUUAUGUUACACGAGCAUGUGAAUUAAAAGAUGAAGAAUUAAAACUUUAUACAACUGGUGCUUUGAUAACAUGGAUUCAAUUUAGUAGUUCGAAAAAGGGUAAAAAAGUAGCGACUAAUGCUGAUUUUGCUGGUCGAAAUACAUUUUUUAAAAUUUAUUCUUUGACUGGUCGUCCAAUUCAACAAUUUUCAAAUUAUCCAGAAGAAGAUGAAGUAUUAUUUUUACCUCAUUCAACAUUUCUUAUAUUUAAACAUACAAUUAGUCAUCAUGGUACUCAACAUACAAUUUAUAUGCGUCAAGUUGAAUUAGGUUUAUCGGCAUGGUCAGUUUUAUGGGUUGAUGAUAAUAUAUUUAAUUCUAAAUGGGAAAAUAAAACUCAUAUGGAAUAUGCAGCAGCUAAAGAAUUGAAUAAAAAUGUACAUUUCAUUCCAAAAUCAUCGACUGAGAAUGCUCUUUCGUUUCUUCGAUCACCAUUUGGACAAAUUUUAAAAAAUCGAGAUACAUUUCGUAUUGUUACUGAUAUGCAUCGAGACAACGAACAACCACCACAUAAUGCUGGUGCACGUUUAAUUAAACAAAUAAGACAACUUGGGUUUAGAAAUCCGUGUUUUGUAUUUACAAUGCAUAAAGAUGUAUGUGAUCAAAUAUUGAAAAACGAAUUAAGUGAACGUGAACGAAAAUAUACUACAGUAUCAACAGGCACAAAUGAUUUAAGAAAGUUUGUUAAUUUUGAAUAA